GACCAAGGAGAAGAGGGCUGCCAUAGCUGGUCAGACACCUGCUGAAUAUCUGAGCGUGCUGAACAAUGGGCUCCAGGGAGGUCAUGCUGGUGCUGCUCUGUAUGAGCUCUAGUUGCCUGGGACAGGCAGCUCAAGGAAGAGGAAGUGGAGCUGAAACGCAACUGAUAUCAGGAAAUGGGCUCAUCAAUCUUGGCAAAAGAUGGGGUUCCAAGUCACCCUUGAUGCACAUCAGUGCAAACCUGACAGAAAUUACCAGCAUUAAGUCCUUGUUUGAGUUCAGAACACUGGACCCUGAGGGUGUGGUGUUCUAUGGCGAUACGAAAGGGGGAGCAGACUGGUUUGUGCUUGGACUGAGGGGGGGUGUGCCCGAGAUGCAGAUCGGAAAAGCAAAUACAUUGACCAGUGUAUUGGGUGGCCCCAAGCUCAAUGAUGGAAAGUGGCAUAAGGUGGAGCUCCGCAGUGAAGGCAUCUUUGUGGUGUUGGAAGUAGACGGCACGGCUGCAUUGGUGCUGGGACUUCACAUAAAAAAUCCAGAUGAUUGCUACUUGACAGGACAAAUGCGUCUCUCUCUUGGGGGAAUCCUUAGCAGCAAACUUGAGCUUAUGAACCCGCUUCAGACAGAGAUGGAUGGCUGUGUGCGAGCAGGGAACUGGCUGAACAUCAGCGCCCCCUGGCAAUUGGGCCCUAAUGAGGUGCUCCAUCCUUGCUUCGAUGAGAUCCAGAAAGGCAGCUACUUCCCUGGGACUGGGCUGGCUCUCUUUAACUCCUCAGACUUCCCAGCAAACCAGAUGGAAGAUGGUGGAGCUGAGGUGAAGAUCCAGGGACACUCCUUGAGUUGGAAUGGGACUGUUCUAAGCCUGAAGGGCUCCCAGGAUGAAGCAGUGCUCACCAUCACUGCCAACCCACAGACAGAGGAGCUUAUUGUGAAAUUUGGCACACAAAAGGGCAGUCUGAAGUUAGGUCCACAUACUCUGGAUCUGACAUUAUCAAGCCAUGAAGUCCAAGUGGAGCUUGGCCAGGAGCAGCGCUUGAAUCUGAUGGACGAUUCACAUGACUGGGUGACAAUGUGGAACAAUGGGAUGCAGCUGGCUUUUGGGGGAGUUCCAGAUGACAGCGAUUCCCAAUGGCUGGAGGGCUGCCUGUCGCUCAUCCAAGUCCAAGGACAGGAUGUGGAUCUGGACCGGGCCUUGCACCGGCACAGCUCUAUCUCCUCCCACAGCUGUCCUUUCUCACCUUAAGCAAUGUGACGUCUGGUGUACUGGGUGGAUCCAUGUUUUCAACCUCUUUUCCCUUGUCCCCCUCACCUCAGCUGUCUGAUACACCACCCCCCUUUCUGUUGAUCCAUCAGGCCAUGUUAUUCAUCACAAAACUGGACUCCCUUCAGACUUUAACCACACCUUCAUUGUUUGAUUCUCAACUACCUAUGAUACCCCAUCAUGUCCUCAGUCAUCCUAACUUUCCACUAACUUUUUCUCCCUUUUAUCUCUUCAUUGUUUCAGUUUCUUUCCUCACACCUACAAUGGCAAAAAUAUAAUAUACAAUUUAAAAUGAAUAGAUUUCAGGAAGAAAAUAUUGUAAUAAAAAAUAAUUUGCUGCAUUUAAUUCCAUUACAUUAUGCUCAAUUUAAGACCUUCAAUGCAAUGAAAUAUGUUUCUUAAAGACGACAUACAAAACAAUACAUUACAAAACAAAAACAUCCAGAAACCUGUCCACAAUCAACCUUCCAGCCCUAAUAUAUGUAAAGAAAAGCCAAUAGUAUGCAGCACAUUUGAAUUAGAGGUGGUUGGUAGGUGAUGCAUAAGUUACAGUUUUUGGUUUGCGUGUUUGAUGAGAUGGUCUUGCUGUGUAUAUGUUUGUGUGUGUGUGUGUGUGUGUGUGAGAGAGAGAGAGAGAGAGAGAGAGAGAGAGAGAGAGAGAGAAACUGAGAGAGAUAGAUUGACCUGUAAUGGUUUGAAGAACCAGUUUGCACUGUUAAGAUUUUGAAGUUAUAAAUAAACAUUUUCUCUGGCAAUGUGUAAA